GUUCUGUAGAAGAAUAACAUGGGAAGACAUUUUUAGAAAAGGAAGAUGGCUAACCCUCGAAGGACGUUUUUUCCCGUAUCCGGCAACCACCACCAACUGCCGAUAUCCUCCGCCGCCGCCGCUCAACCUCCGGCGUCGCCUGUGAACUCAUUGUUGUCGUUCCUGAAGAAGCCGCACGCUUUCCCCUUCCUUCUCUCUUUCUUCCUUCUCCUGACGUGGGUCUCCCUUCGGUUCCAACACCCCUCGCAUCAUUUUCCGCCGGGGGGAGUAGGAUCCGGAUCCAAGGCCCGCCUUCACGGCUCCUCCUCCGACGAUGACCGUUUCGCUAAUCUCGUACGGUUCUCUUCAUCUUCUCCAAUUGUUGCCAAGGACAAGCGCGGAUGGCUUCUGGAUCCCGUUUCGGUAGCCAUGGAUUCUUCUAUGUCAGGUGGAGCAAUGAGUUGUGCAUCCAUUCAUGUGGGUGAGAUCAAACCCGGUGGUGUAAGGGGGAACCAUAGGCAUCAUACAUGCAACGAGACCUUCGUCAUCUGGGGAGCUCAAACACUCUUCCGGGUAAUAAUGCAAAGAGUUAAUACAUUCCUGUCAAAUGAUCUUAAUUGCCGGUGAGAUGUGUGGAGACAAUUUCUAUUUACGAAAUUUGAUGGGAAACAUGGUGCUAUAAAGGAAUGCAGCUCAUGAAAAUUAUGUUAUGCUUGUGAUAACUGAUCUUGAUCUUAUUGUGUGCUUGCUUUCAUC